CUUGUAACGAAGCGAGACUACGAGCUAAGAAAAAAAGUUAAAAUGUGACCUGAUAAUUUGCUGGCGUUAUUUAGUUGAGAAAUGGCGGACGUCCUUAAAAAUAGAGAUGAGGUUGGGCAUAUUUUAGUACAGGUGCAGGAUGAUUUGAGACAACUGAAAAAGAGUCUUGUUAGCAUGAGUGUGCAAGAUAAUGGGGGAAUUGUGGAUAUUCAAGCUCUGGAUGAAGCCAUCAGCAGGACAGAAAAUGGAAUAAGGAGGCAUGCAGAAGAGUAUCUGAAAACCAUUAAUAAUCAGGUUUUGACUCUACCCUGUAUCAACGAGCCUGAAAAGAAGACUGCCUCUGCCAAGCUUUUCAAAUGGCAGCCUCCAUAUGAGACAAUACCAAGUGCACAUCCUCAGAAAAGCCAGAUUUCUGGAGCAUCCCCGGGGGGAAAGCACAAGUCAGCAUUUACCAUGCGUUUGUUGAAUAACCCAUUUCACCCAAAGAACAAGGAGCUUGUGCACUACAAUUUUGGGAUUCAGCUACCUCACCUGCACAAGAGAACUGGGGUAGGGACUCAGAGAGUGGUCACAGGCCCCACGAUAGGGAGUUUAGCUGUAGUACAUGGGAGUCUGCCUAAAGACCUAUACCCCAAACCACCACCGACUGAAGAUGAUACAAAUGCAGGGCUGCUACCCUUUGCAGCUAACCUCUCCUUAGUGCAAACACCAGUACAGCCUAAAGCUGUCCACUCGCAGAAGAGAGAGGACAGUGGCCCAGCUAAGAUGGAUGUGUCAGAAAAGGCAUGUAAAUGGAAGAUGGAUGUGAGCAGAGAGGAUGGAAUGGCUUUAGGAUGGUCAACAACAGAGGAUCUACCAUCCAGGACCAUACGCACUCCCCUUCCCUCAGCUGCAUCCAUAAGCUCUGACAACAGAGUCCUGACUCACGGGUUAGCCCAAAUCACUUCACUUAACCUAGAGAAUGUUCCAGUUCCAACUGCUGUCAGCAAAUAUCCUUUUACCAUAGUUGAUGGUCAGAUUGAUCCAAGUGCUGCAGACUACUGUAGGUUUAAAAAGCAGUACUGUUUGUACUGGGGUGCAAUUUUGGAGGCUCUGGAGCAGCUGCAGCGGCUACUGUUGGACUUUGCGUUGCCACUAGCACGGGUGUGCGGGGAGCGGCUGGCAGCUUGGGUGCAGAGUGGCGAGCUUGAUUGGAGAGGCAGCAGGGGCCAGUGUGCUCAUGUGGAGAAGCUGCUCUCAGUGCUGGAGAACAGGGAUGAGGUAUGGGAGCUGAUAUGUCAGCCCGGCCAGCGCUACAAAGGCAGCGGGGGACAUCAGGCAGCGGCAGUGCGCAUCCAAACUUGCUGGAGGCGUUACUCUGCCCGUGCCGCCUACUUGCUCCUUCUCCUGCCCAAAUGGGCAGCACAAAGCAUUGCCAUGUGCCUGUUGAAGCAUGCCAAACUGAGCCAUUUGAGGAAGAGCCUGCAGGCCUCACGUCUCAGCCACCUGGAAAACUACCGCAUCAGGGCAGAGGGUCUGGCAGCCAACUGGAAACACAUCACCUCCACCAAAAGGACUAUCAUUCAUGUCCCAUCAUUGGGCUUUUCCCAGCACCAGCGUCUCAGUCUCAGAGGAUUCGAUAUACUCCAGAAUACCCAGAUGUGCCGACUAUGUGACAUCAGAGAUGAGAAUGUGGAGGUGAUCUACGUGUCUCCGGUGAGCCUGGGAGAAGAUUUGCUCCAGUACUACACUAACCUGAUGGGCCUGCAGGCAGCCGUUGAGCUGGGUGAUGCUUCUGGCCCUCAGACCCACUGUGCCAAACGCUUUACCAUCCUCAUGCCAGAAGCACUAGAGUAUUUUUCACACCGAAACAUGUGUCUAGCUUCGCUCCUGAAGUACAGCCCACGGACACUAAAGUGUAUCAAGAAUUUGAUACAGGGGAAGCAGGCCUACAUGAUCAGCCGUGCCACCCACAUUGAUGACCUGGCUGUGGCAGAUGAACUGGAAGUUCCUCUUUUAGGCACAGAGCCUGCGGUAGCUCAGCUAUAUGGCACUAAAUCUGGAGGAAGAAGAAUUUUUAGUGGGGCAGGAGUCAACAUGCCUCCAGGAAAGUCGGACAUAUACACACUGGUGCAGCUUCAUGAAGGUCUGGCCCAGUUGAUGACAGAACACAUGGAAGUGCAGCGAUGGCUCUUCAAGAUAGAUAGUGAAAUAGAUGGACGGGGAACUGCCUAUUGUGAUGUUUGCCACCUAAAAUGCCGACCCUGGGCACAGGAGGAGUUCAACCGCCACGGGCCCGAACAGUGGACAAUGUCAUCGGCUCAUGAGCCGGUUAUAAUAAAGUUCAUAGAGGAGGUUCCAAAUUUUCUGGCCUGCUACGCUCGACCGGUCAACACAUCCUUGUAUCCCACCUGGGCCAGCUUCCUGGAACACUUCUUCAGGGAAGGAGGAAUAAUCGAGGCCUAUCCUCCCUCAGACAGUGUGACAUGUCUGACAGUGGAUCUGUUGGUGGAGCCAGGAGGAGAUGUACGCAUGCUGUCCUGUGGAGAUCAGCUGCGUGGCUCCAGUGGCUUGGAAGUGCUGGGCUGCACAAUGCCCCAAACUUCCAUCUGUCCUGAUGUCCUCCACUCAAUCUGCAAUCGUGUGGGCCAGGUCUGCCAGCAGUGCUCCAUCAUGGGCCACCUCUCCCUGGAUCUAGUCACCUUUCUGGAACCCAGCAACUUAGAGAAGCAGGUAUGGGCUAUUGAUCUUGACCUGGGCUACAGUAACCAGCUGGCCAUGACCGAGCUGAUGCUCAUGAUGACAGGGGGAACACUGGACUGCCGCUCAAGUAAAUUGGAGGUUCCUCCUCCAGUCAAAGAGGUGAAGCCUUCUGUGCACCAGACGAGGGUAAAGAGCAAAGCUCAAACCUCAGAGACCAGUCGUUUUGCAGUGAUGGGCACCCGACUUACUCACACCAAUCUUUCUUUGGUAUAUUAUAGAACAUUUUUUCUGAUGUGCAAAGCACAGGGCAUUGGCUAUGAUGUCAAGGCAAGGGAAGGCACCAUGUUCGCCCUCCAUGACAGCAGAGACAGAAGAAGUCUUGGCAUGCUAACAAUCUCGGAGCAUCUCCAGGGAGCUCUGCUGACCUUUGCUCGCAACUUGUCAGUCAUUCAUCAGGAAAUAUCAGGCCCAAAUAUGCAAGGAACAAGCAAUUUUAAGGACCUGAUCAAGAACAUUGAGGAGGUCCUGGGCAUGACCACACAAAACCAAACCAAAUCUCAAGAAGAAGAAGAAGAAGAAGUAACAGAAGAACAGUCUCAUUCACCUCCAAAUCAACUCCAAAUAAAUGAAAAUACUUGUAGACUAUCACACAAUAGCACUUAAACAUUCAAUUAUAUUUGCUGUCCCCAAAUAUUUCUAUAGAAUUCAGCUGUAAUGUGCUUAACAUGACAUUAAAA